ACAUCAAUCCCAAUGAGGAAGACGUCUCUCACCCCACCAGUCCAGGAUAUCGAUUGGCCAGACGUCCCUCAACCCCGCUACCCCAGAAUUAGGAGACUUGGAGAUCCCGCCGGCCAAAUUCCAGAAUCUGGAAAUGGACUUUUCCUAGCAGUAAACCGUUGGCAGCCGGCAGUUGGAAGUGUGGAGCAUUGACAGCUGAGCUAGUAUUCUUUGGUAUGCAUGGUCGAAGGCUCUCGGCACUAUCGAACCGAUAGUUACUGCUCAUAAUGUAGUCCUCAACCUCUUUGCCAGACAGCAACAAGUAGUCAUGGCACACAUAUUCGACCUGGCACCACAAGUGGUGUCAAACUACACCGCCGGCCGGAAGACCACAGACCAGGUCAAAUACCCUGUAACAGGUGCAUUUGAUGGAUUCAACAAACCCUCCCGCCUAGAAGGCGAUGUCUUUGACCUGGAAUUCGAUGGGUUCAUCCCGCCCGAGAUCAAUGGAACAUUCUAUCGGAUUCAGCCCGACCACCGCUUUCCACCAAUCUUCGAGGACGACAUCCACUUCAAUGGCGACGGUAGCGUGACGGCAAUAAGGAUCCAGAACGGCCACGCCGACUUCAAGCAGCGAUACGUCCAGACAGACCGCUACAAGGCUGAGACUGAUGCUCGAAGAGCACUUUUCGGGAGAUAUCGAAACCCAUACACCGAUAAUGAGACUGUCAAAGGUGUCAUUCGCACGGCGGCAAAUACCAACAUCACCUUCUGGAGAGGCGUAUUGCUCGCUUCAAAGGAAGAUGGCCCACCUUUCAUCAUGGAUCCCGUGACGCUAGAGACAAUAGGACGAUAUGAUUUCGAGGGACAGAUCCUCACACCAACCUUCACAGCGCAUCCUAAGUUCGACCCUGAUACAGGUGAGAUGAUCUGUUUCGCGUAUGAAGCGGGUGGUGACGGCCACGACGGGUCCAAUGAUAUUUGCGUCUGGACGCUUGACCGCGACGGCAAAAAGACUGAAGAGUGCUGGUACAAGGCGCCGUUUUGUGGCAUGAUCCACGAUUGCGGCAUUAGCAAGAAUUACCUCGUACUGCCUUUGACGCCUAUCAAGUGGACUGGAAUGGAUAGACUGAAAGGUGGAGGCAAUCAUUGGGCCUGGGAUUCGAAAGAGGAUCAGUGGUACGGAGUGGUCCCAAGAAGAGGUGGAAAGCCUGAAGAUAUCGUGUGGUUCCGCGCUGAUAAUGCUUUCCAUGGCCACAUUGCAGGGUGCUAUGAGAACGAAGACGGCCACAUCGUCUACGACCUCACGGUAGCCGACGGCAACGUAUUCUUCUUCUUUCCACCGGUUGACGAGGAAGAGGCACCGCUGGGCAAACGGAAUCAGCUCCGCAGUCCAACCUGCCGGUGGAUAUUUGAUCCGAAGGCCAAAUCAGGCACGAGAGUGACUCCAGCAGAAUCUUGGUUGACAAAUGGCGAAUUUUCUCGAAUUGACGACAGAUGGGUGACGAGGAAAUACAACCACUUCUGGCAGGCAAAGGUCGACCCAACCAAGCCUUACGACUUCGCCAAGUGUGGCUCACCAGCUGGAGGGUUAUUCAAUUGUCUUGGCCACUACACCUGGGACGACCGGACCGAAGAUGUGUACUUUGCCGGACCAACCGCGACAUUCCAGGAACCAUCGUUCAUCCCGAAGGAUGGCGGUGGCGAGGGAGAAGGAUACAUAAUUGCAUUGCUGAAUCAGCUUGACGUGCUGCGGAAUGAUAUCGUGAUCUUGGACGCAUUGAAUGUGGCACAGGGUCCGUUGGCGGUGAUACACCUGCCUUUCAAGUUGAAGUUGGGCUUACAUGGCAAUUUUGUGGACCAGAGAGAUAUUCUUGAAUGGCAGAAAAGAAGGUCAGAGUCCGGGGAUCUAGGUCCUGCACAACCUGCGAAGGAACCUCUGCCGUGGCAAGUGCGACAGCUAGAGACUGAGCCGCAUGCCAAUGAUCAUGGAGACACCAACGGAACGGCGUCAAACGGACUGAAUGGACACCAUUGAGAUAGAUGUCAUGUGUUCGCUGGUAGGAAGAAGGGGCAAUCCAGACGGAGGUUGUCGGCCGGCAAGUCUUGACAAUAGAUAAUCUUAUCAGCCCCAUCUGCCGACCCCAUUUCACAGCACAAAAUCGAGGGGCUGCCUCUCAAACCCCACACAGGCAGUUCGAGAUCUAGGGCAUUCUUGCUCGCACAAGCGACAGGCACGGCCGGUGAGAAUCGGUC